AUGGCCACGGAUCGCGGGGUCCCAGGGGCCGGCGUCUAUGGAGAUUUACCCCCAAGUUAUACACGCUCUCAGCCGCCUGCGAACCCAGACCUACUCCGGAGACCCAGCUACUGCCACGCUGCUUUCGCUCUUAAACAGAUUUCAAAGGGGAAGGCGGUAGGUCAGAAAGCUCCUCUGUGGAUCCGGGCGAGGUUCCAGGCCCUCCUGUUCUCUCUGGGCUGCCACAUCCAGAGGCACUGUGGGAAGGUCCUCUUUAUUGGACUCUUAGUAUUCGGGGCUCUGUCUGUGGGACUCCGAGUCGCAGCCAUCGAAACGGACAUCGAACAGCUAUGGGUGGAAGCUGGUAGUCGGGUAAGCACGGAACUUCGCUACACCAAGGAGAAGCAGGGAGAGGAGUCAGUAUUUACCUCACAGAUGCUUAUCCAGACCCCCAAAGAAGAGGGCACCAAUAUUCUUACCCAGGAGGCUUUGCUGGUUCACAUGGAAGCGGCCCUGUCUGCCAGCAAGGUCCAGGUGUCACUGUUUGGCAAAUCGUGGGAUCUCAAUAAAAUAUGCUAUAAAUCAGGAGUCCCUAUUAUAGAAAAUGUCAUGAUUGAAAGGAUGAUUGACAAGCUAUUCCCCUGUAUGAUAAUCACCCCAUUGGACUGUUUUUGGGAAGGGGCCAAACUACAAGGAGGCUCCGCCUAUUUACCGGGUAUGCCAGAUAUCCAGUGGAUGAAUCUAGAUCCAGUCAAACUGAUGGAGGAAUUGAGCCAGUUCACUUCAUUGGAAGGAUUUAAGGAGAUGUUGGACAAAGCCCAGGUGGGACAUGCCUACAUGAACAGGCCAUGUCUGGACCCUUCAGACCCUGACUGCCCCCUCAGUGCACCCAACAAGGAGCAAGGAGAGAGUCCUGACAUUGCUGGGCGUCUCCAGGGUGGUUGCCAUGGUUUUAGCCGGAAGUUCAUGCACUGGCAGGAGGAGCUGAUCCUGGGGGGGCGGGUCAAGAACAGCCAGGAGACUCUGCUGAGUGCGGAGGCUCUCCAAACCAUGUUCCUGUUGAUGAGUCCUAAGCAGCUGUACGAGCACUUUAAAGACGACUACGAGAUCCAUGACAUAAACUGGAAUGAAGAAAAGGCUACCGCCAUCCUCGAGUCCUGGCAGAGGAAGUUUGUGGAGGUGGUCCACCAGAGUAUCCCAUCCAACUCCAGCCAGUCCAUCCACGCUUUCUCCACCACCACCCUCAAUGACAUCAUGAAAUCUUUCUCUGAUGUCAGCGUCAUCAGGGUGGCCGGAGGAUACCUUCUCAUGCUGGCCUAUGCCUGUGUGACCAUGCUAAGGUGGGACUGUGCCAAGUCCCAGGGGGCCGUAGGGCUAGCUGGGGUGCUGUUAGUGGCUCUGUCGGUGGCCGCAGGACUGGGUCUGUGCUCCCUGCUUGGCCUAUCCUUCAAUGCUGCCACCACACAGGUGCUUCCCUUCCUGGCUCUAGGGAUUGGUGUGGAUGACAUGUUUCUGUUGGCUCAUUCCUUCACAGAGGCUGGAAGCAACAUCCCCUUUAAGGAGCGGACAGGAGACUGUUUGCGUCGCACCGGCACCAGUGUGGCUCUGACUUCCAUCAACAACAUGAUUGCGUUUUUUAUGGCCGCUCUCGUACCCAUUCCUGCCUUGCGAGCUUUCUCUUUGCAGGCGGCCAUUGUGGUUGUGUUUAACUUCGCCAUGGUGCUGCUCAUCUUCCCUGCCAUCCUCAGUUUGGACCUCCACCGGCGCGAGGACAAGCGUUUGGAUAUCCUCUGCUGCCUGUACAGCCCCUGCUCCGACCGAGUCAUUCACCUCUCUCCGCACGAGCUGUCAGACGCUGGGGAGCAGCCGCCCACGCCUACGACGGCAACGGCGCACACACACCAGUACACGUCGGGAUCAACAAUCACCACCAGCACCCAAAUCACCACCACAGUGCAGGCAUUCACGCAGUGUGACGCAGCAGGCCAGCAUAUCGUCACCAUCCUACCACCUACCUCACAGAUCUCCACCAGCCCGCAAUCCAUCAUCAUCUGCCCCACUUCACAGCCUCAAGCCAUCACACCUUCCCCUACCACCACCUCUGUGCCGGACCCCUAUGGCUCCCAGCUCUUCACCCCUACCUCCAGCUCCACACGGGACCUCCUAGCCCAGGUAGAGGAUUCCAAAUCGGGAAAGGAGUGCGUCCCACUCCCUUUCCUACACUGGAACCUGUCCAACUUCGCCAGGGAGAAAUACGCCCCUCUGCUCCUCAAGCCCAAAAGCAAAGCCAUCGUGGUGGUUCUCUUUCUGGGCCUCCUGGGACUCAGCCUGUAUGGGACCACAAUGGUGCACGACGGCCUCUACUUAACCGACAUCGUGCCACGCGACACCAAGGAAUAUGAUUUCAUUGACGCCCAGUUCAAGUACUUUUCCUUCUACAACAUGUACCUGGUGACCAUGGACAGAUUUGAUUACGCCCGGUCACAGAGGCUGUUGGUCCAGCUGCACAAUGCCUUCAACUCUGUUAAAUACGUGGUCAGAGACAGCAACGACAAACUGCCCCGCAUGUGGCUGCACUACUUCCAGGACUGGCUUAGAGGUCUUCAGGCUGCUUUUGAUGCUGACUGGCAGGCAGGCAGGAUUACCUCUGACAGCUAUCGUAAUGGCACAGAGGACGGAGCUCUGGCGUACAAGCUCCUCAUCCAGACCGGCUCCAAGAAAGAGCCUUUUAACUACAGCCAGCUGACCUCUCGUCGGCUGGUGGAUGCAGAGGGUUUGAUCCUCCCGGAGGUGUUUUACAUUUACCUGACAGUCUGGGUCAGCAACGAUCCCCUGGGCUAUGCUGCCUCCCAGGCCAACUUCUACCCCCAUCCUCGUGAGUGGAUUCACGACAAGUAUGACACUACAGGGGAGAAUCUGCGCAUCCCAGCUGCAGAGCCCCUGGAGUUUGCCCAGUUCCCCUUCUACCUGAACGGCCUUCGCCAGGCCAGCGACUUUGUGGAGGCCAUCGAGAGUGUGCGGGCCAUCUGUGAUGAGUUUAGCCGCAAGGGCGUGUACAACUACCCUAAUGGAUACCCCUUCCUGUUCUGGGAGCAGUAUAUUGGCCUCAGACACUGGUUCCUUCUGGCGAUCAGCGUGGUGCUGGCCUGCACCUUCCUGGUCUGUGCGAUUCUCCUGCUCAACCCCUGGACUGCCGGCAUCAUUGUGUUUAUCUUGGCCAUGAUGACGGUGGAGUUGUUUGGCAUCAUGGGUCUAAUUGGCAUCAAGCUGAGUGCCAUCCCUGUGGUUAUCUUGAUUGCCUCUGUGGGCAUCGGAGUGGAGUUCACUGUUCACAUCGCACUGGGCUUCCUGACAGCGAUUGGCAACAGAAACAAGCGCUCCGCAGUGGCUCUGGAGCACAUGUUUGCCCCGGUGGUUGAUGGAGCGAUCUCCACGCUGCUGGGCGUUCUCAUGCUGGCUGGGUCAGAGUUUGACUUCAUCAUGAGGUAUUUCUUUGCUGUGUUGGCCAUCCUGACUGUUUUGGGGAUGCUGAAUGGCUUGGUUCUCCUACCAGUCCUCCUGUCCAUGAUGGGGCCGCCGGCUGAGGUCACCCCAGUUGACAAUGCCAGCCGCCUUUCCACGCCUUCCCCUGAACCCCCACUGCCCCCACCAAUGACCCACCAUGGCUACUACACGGGCCACCAUAACCCACGGUCACCUCGUCAACAGGCUUUUUCGGAGUCAUCGGACUCUGAGUAUUACUCGGAGAUGACCACCACUUCAGGGAUCGGGGAGGAGGAUUAUAAGUACUGUGACCGGAACGCGUACAUAGCAUCGCACACCAGCGUCCCACCUGCAACAUCUCACAUACUGCUGGAAGCCAGCAAGAACCCCAGCUUCCCCAAGCUUACGGUGGUGAAGCCCUUUAGAGAAAAUGCAGCGGGCGGUGGUGGAAGGAUAGAACCGUUAAAUGAAUCUUCCCACAACGUACAGUCACCGCUCGGCUCCCAGAUUACAUGCUGGGAUGGAAACAAGCGGGAGCAACAGCAGGGCCUCCACAGGCUCCAGGCACAGCAAGGCCAACACUUACCCAGCGACAGAGCUCACUUCCCUGGUAGGACUUGUCAAAGCGGCCCCAGGCUGCAGAAUGGCAGAGGGCCUCAGCCAAACAGGACUAAAGGGCCAAGCUAUAUUAAUAGCAAUUCUGCCCUGCCGAUGCAACAAAGCUCCACUGGGGGACCUGUUACAAUGGUAACGGCCACAGCCUCAGUGACGGUAGCUGUGCAUCCGACCUUGCCAGGGGCGGCAUACCAAGGCUACAUGCAUGAAGGUUUUGACACGGACACUGAGUCAGACUGUUUUGAGGCUGCUAAGAGGACUUGUGGUGACAAAACAAACUUUUCUUCAUGUAAGAGAGACUCUCUAGAGCUCCAAGACUUGGAAGCAACACAGGGCCAGACAGAGCAUCAGCUCUGCAAGACACAAGGUGGGUUGAGGAUGCAGGCAGCCAAAGAUUGCUAGACUCUCUCACACGCCCUGCCUUCUCUCUCCGAAGCUCUGGCUGCUUCCCAGAGCACCUUGACGCCCCCAUGGCGUCACAUCACGUCUUGAACUGAUCAACUGUACUUAAAAAGGAGAGGAUUUAUUUCAAGGACAAAUUCAGAAAAAAAUAUGCCGUUUUAAGAAUUAUAUAAAUCUAUGAGUAUAUAUUUUAAUACUAAAAAAAGAAGGAAGCUAUUUAAAAGAGUACUGUAUAACUUGGGUAUACUCUUGUGUUCAGAUGUAAAAGAUUAUUUGUCCCCCACAGUGUAUAGAAUAAGAAAUGUGUUAUAUGUAAAAAGUGUCCACAAAAAGUGAGAUGUUAUUAAGAUAUUAGGCUAUUGAACAUACAUUUCAGUGUCAGUGUUUUAUUUCUAUUUGUAUUGGUAUGUUCUUUUUUUGCUGCUACACUUUUAAUUUUAAGUGAUUUGCCUUAAAAAAUGCAGUACCCCCCCUUCCCCCUCUGGUUAUAGUCUAGUAUAACUUUGUUCACAGUAUUGUACUGUGGGACAGUCUGCAUCUGACACACUCUCUGUUGUAUUUUAACUAUAGAACAUCUCUGUCACAGUGUGCACUGUUAAAAAAAGCAGAGAAUUACACAGCAGAAACUGUUUUCUUAACAGUAGUAACCGUUGUGCCUUCAAUUUGCCCCCUUUUAGAGCUCAGUAUUAUGUCCUUGCUUUUGGCGUAAAUAUGUUUUACCUGUCUCGUCCAGACACAGCAGACUGAUGUUUAUCAGUCAUCACAUCAUCUGCCCAUCUGUCUGAAUAGUGUUGAAUGUGAUCAGUCAGCCAACAUACUGGCAGAGUCGCAGCUAAUUCAUAUUAAUGUUAAAUCUUUGUCUGGGUGUCCCAAUAUCCUCUGCAGUUCAAACUACUUGAAGGAGCUGUGAUAAGAUGCUUUUUUCUUCUGCAGUUUUUGUAAGCUCUACAGUGGGUGAAGUUCACAUUUGUCACGUUGUGUUUGGCAAUUGCGUUGUUCACCUUCUUGUAUUAUUUUGAAAGGGAAUUCGAAAAUCCAAUGCAAAGGGAGUGAUUAUAUUUUAUUAUAUCAUUAUUAUUUUCUCCUUUUUUUCCUUUGCUGGCUGCUUUAGGGUUGUAACACGUUGAGGCUGUUGUGACCCUGUGCAAAUAUUACAUAAUGUAAACAGGUUCAAACUUUAUAAUGCUUCCACCUGCUCUGACUCACUUUCUAAUUUCUCAGUCUUCUUGCUAAUACAGACCUCAUAUAUGUCACAUUGCAUUUUUUUUUUUUUCAUUCUUAGGAUUUUCAUGUAAUUUGCUUUACAAAGUUUCCAUUGUUGUUGUUCAGUAUUGGUCUCAUCACUGCUAGGUUAAAAUUGCAGGGAAAAACAUGCGGAUCUAUUUUUCAAAUAUUUACAUACUUUAAGUGGCAGCUUUGGUUUCUUUUGAAAAUAUGAAAGAAAGGUGAAGUAGCUACUGUGCAGUUGUGAAUAAUUAAGCAAAAUGAGCAAAGCACCAUUUACAGUUUGAUCAGACCAUAGACAGCCAGCAUGUGUUGUCAGACAGUAUAGAGGAGUUUAAAAGGGGACAGGGGGAUUAAGGGGGAGCUCCUGCAUUGGUUUGUAGUUUAUUUCAAAAAAUUGUUAAUGUCAUGCCAUAUAAGUUAUUUAUAUUAAAAAUUUAUUUUUGUAGUUUGUACAGAUGUUAGUAUCUAGACUGAAGUUCUAUUUUUAAAGAGUGAAUAUAUAUUAUAUAAUAUAUCUAUUUGUUGCAGAGUUUGUUUUUGUUUUGUUUUGUUUGCAUUUUGGGAUGGGGGGAGGGGGGUUGUGGGAGGGAGGGGAUGACAACACUUUAGAGCAGAGGCCUUUUUUGGGGGGGUGGAGCAAAAGGGGCAGUAGGGGGACCAUGAAGGAGAAGGUGUGUAGGAUUGUGUCACUGUUACACCUUGCUUUUAAGUUUCCUCUUGGCCCCUCUUCUUCAUUGUCAUUUUUAAAAAUGUUCUUGUCCAUGUCUAAAACACUGUGACUUCUGAAAACUAUGCUCAAGAAAACAUUUGUGUGACCGUUAUGUUCCCUCACCUGCUAUAGAAAUUUAACUAACAAAAUAAAUUGAAGGAAAAAAUC